AGUCAAUAACCACAGCCCCACUUACCACGUGUUCGAUUCACGAAACCCUAACCCUCUUCUCCCAUAUUUUUUUCCCCUGAAACUCAUGAAUUUCUUGGAAGGAUUGAGGUAAACUAACCAAAAGGAGCAAGCUUGAAGAGUUCCCAAUCAGUAAACCAUGGAUCAAACCGACCACCGACACAGCAUGGUCCACCCUCCUCCUCCUCCGGCAACCUCGGCUCUCCUCACCGGAUCCAGCCACGUGGACUCAUCCCUCGUCAUUUCUUCCUCUAAACCGAAAACAGCAGCCGCAAUUCCUCCACCGAAACGAUCAUCAAAAGAUCGGCACACAAAAGUCGACGGCCGCGGGAGGCGCAUCCGCAUGCCGGCCGCUUGCGCCGCCCGCGUGUUCCAACUCACCCGCGAACUCGGCCACAAAUCCGACGGCGAAACCAUCGAAUGGCUUCUCCAACAAGCAGAACCAGCCAUCAUCGCCACCACCGGGACCGGAACCAUUCCGGCCAAUUUCUCAUCCCUGAACGUAUCUCUCCGCAGCACCGGAUCUUCUCUCUCUGCUCCCACCUCCAAAUCCGCCCCUCUUUUCACCCACCACUACGAAAUCACCGAUCCCUCCUCCAUGCUCGCCUUCCAGCAGCCCGACGUCCCGCUCGUCGCCGAAUCCACGGAUACAUAUCUGAGGAAACGAUUCAGAGAAAAUCUUUUCAAAGAGGAACAAGAGGGUGCAGGGGCUGCAGCGUCGUCUUCUCCUCCGAAACCCGGAUCCAGGCCUGUUAUCCCGGCGACUAUGUGGGCGGUGGCGCCGGGGAGUAGCGGCGGAGCAGGGGCGUUCUGGAUGCUUCCGGUGACGGCACCCGAAGCGCCUUCUUCGUUAUGGACGUUUCCCACUGCGGGGGCGAGCUCGAUGCAAGCGCCAUUACAGUUUGGUCGAGCUAUGGGUGGGAUGCAGCUGGGUUCCAUGUUUCCUGCAGUUCAGCAUCUAGGGUUAGGGAUUUCGGAUUCGAAUCUCGGAAUGAUUGGUUCCAUUAAUCCUUAUAGUCGGAGUGGCAGAGGUGGAGGUGGAGAAGGAGGGACGGUGAUGAAUGCCGAUCAUGGAUCGGGGAUUGAUCGUCGGCGAUCGUCGCAGAGCGGCGGAGGAGAGGGGAAUAGCAAUUCUCAGUAG